AUGGCUGUCUCUGAGAAACUCUAUCAGCAGCUGACCAAGAUAGAUGCAGAUGCUUACAGCUUGAUCAUUGUACUGAGGUCUGGAACCCUGUGGAAGACUUUUCUCGAUUUUUUUCGGCCCCCCUUUCCCACGCUCAUCUGGAACCGGGGCUCCGGAGGCAGCAGUAAGCCACCGGUCCCUUUCCUCGUCUCUUCCAUCAAACAGCCGCGGCCAAGCGCCUUGAAGCUUCCCUUUGGUGGAGCGAGAGGAGCCCGAGGGGGCGGGGGCGGAGAAAGGUCAAGGCGAGGGAAAGGCAGGAGACGCCUUUGCCUAACCUGCGUGGCGGGGCGUUCGUGCGGCUCUCGCUCUCUCCCUGCUUAUUUAUCGAUCGCACGGGCAGAGCAGCGCGCGGAGCUCGCUCGGGGGAGAUGCGGGACCACCCACUGGCGGGGAAGCAGCGAGCAGCCCUCUCGCGCCCCCGCGCCGCCGAGCGCCUCCUGCCUCCGCGCCCGGACGCCAGCCCGCUCCUGCCUCGGUCCCGGCCCCACGCUGCCACCGCCUGCCCCGCAGCCCCGCAACCCCGCAGUCCCGGAGCCCCGCAGCCCCGCAGCGCCCCGACCCCGGGGACGCCGGCCGCGCAGUAAGUUGGCAGGAGCGAGUGGCCUGGGCGGCUCGCCUCCCCCGCACCUUUUUGAACUUGUUGCUGUUGGCUCUGCUCGCCUGCGCCUGGCUUUUGGGAAGGUGACAAGGAGGAGGGAGGCACAGAGGGUGGGGGAAGGGGACAGAGAGCUCGCCAGAGCUUUAUUUAUGCUCCCCGGGAGCCUGGGAUCUGGCUGCUCGGGAGCCGCUGGCUCUGCCUUUCCCUUUCCGGGUGCAAGGCGACAGCAAAGUCUCUAUGCAACUCAGCCCCGGCGCGCACUUUGCCAGGUAUGUACCGCGGGCGAGGCGCGUUCUGCGCGGAGGCAGAUGCUGCUGCCGCCACGGCGGCGGCGGCUGCCAGCUCCCGGGCUCUAUAACUGUCACACUGCACCUGAGCUGAACUUGAACAGAGAGUGAAGGGGCCCAUCAGGCGAACGCUCUCUCUCGGCUGGCACAGAGGGUGUCAGUCGACGUGAGGGGGAGAGAGAGCUCUAGACCGACGCCCCCCGCCGCGAGCCCCGCACUUCACCUCCAUCUCUGCAAGCGCAGCGUUGAGUAGAGGAGGCCAGCGGACUCCAAGGGACUCGGGACAGCGGCUGUGACCGCAUCUCUGGAGCUACAACAACAGGUCGUCUUUUUGAGACGCCUUUGGCGGGAAGGACCACUUCAGCAGAAGGGGAAGGUGAAAAGGUUCUUUCUUUUAAGAGACUACCACUGGUUGACUUUCCCUGUUUCCUAUCCCCUGCUCUAUAUACCGACCCUGUAUCAACCAGACUGUAUCAGGGGAGAAGUGAAGACACCUGUUUGAAGCAAGGCUGUCUCUAAAGUCACCUGUGCGUUUAGAUGUGCCAGGAGGUGCCCUGGUCCAACUGUUGGCAGAGCUUUGUUUAGGCUUUAUGGAGAGAGAUUUUUAGGUCACUGUAUUUUUUUUUUCUCUUAGUAUUCCAAAUACUUGUCUGUGAGAGAAAUCUGGCUUUUUGGGUACUGUGACUUCACCUGCGCCACCUUGGAAUAACCGUGUUCCUGUGAGCAGUGUUCCCCAGUGUUUUGUCUGAGGUGAAGAAGUGGGGCCUUUUGUUACUUUCAUUGUGUUACUUUGGGUGACCCCUGAUCACUCUUGUGACCUCUACUUCAGAC